UGAUCCAUCAGACAGACGAGACAGACAGUUACGGUAAAACAUGGCGGUGCAGGGAGGUGAAUCUGGGACUAAGGAGGAGAUUAAAACUCAGUUCACGACGAUAGAAGGCGUCUACAGACUCUUGCCGCUUUCCGAGUACAGUAGACCUAACAGAGUAGCUUAUAAUAAUAGUGGAGGAGGGGGGAGUGGGAGCGGAGGAUCGUCCAGCCCCCCCGUGAGAGUGUCGUUCGUUUGUUUACCCGAAAAUAGUAGUGGGAGUUGUGGAGUGAAUUCGGUGAAUAAUAACGGUGACAGAACUAAGAUCUGUUUUAAUUACGGAAGAGAACUCUUUGUAUAUACGUAUAGAGGCAUCAAGAAGGCUGCAGACCUAUCAAAACCUAUAGACAAGAGAGCCUAUAACAAAGAAGAUGUACCAACCUGUCAUGACUUUAACAAGACCACCGCAAGUCCUGAUGGCGUAUCUCUUCUCGUUGGAUUGCUAGGGGGUCAGGUACAGCUUAUUGACCCAAUAACUAAAGAAAUUAAUAAAGCAUAUAAUGCUGGCGAGAGAUUGAUAGACAAGACCAAAGUUACAUGUGUACGAUGGAUACCGGGAUCACCUAAUCAGUUUUUAGCAGCCCAUAGUAGUGGUCAUAUGUACACCUAUAAUGAGGAGCUUUUAUGUGGUGUUGACAGGCCUCAUUAUCAGCUCUUCAAGCAGGGUGAUGGCUACUCUGUAUAUACUUGUAAGACCAAAAGCACCAGAAACCCUCUUUAUAGAUGGGUUAUUGGUGAAGGUAGUAUCAAUGAGUUUGCCUUUUCGCCGUGCUCAAAAUAUUUGGCUGUGGUAUCCCAGGAUGGUUCCUUAAGAGUGUUUAAUUUUGACACUAUGGAUUUGUUGGGUAGUGCGAGAAGUUAUUACGGUGGAUUGUUGUGUGUGUGUUGGUCCCCGGAUGGCAAGUAUGUUGUGACCGGAGGUGAGGAUGACCUUAUAACUGUAUGGUCGUUUCAUGAAAAGAGGGUUGUUGCCAGAGGACAGGGCCAUAAAAGUUGGGUGACUGUUGUUGCAUUUGACAAUUUUACUACUUUGUACAGUGAUUUGGAUGGUUUUGAUAUGUGCAAUGAAGACACUAGCAAGCAUAAUAGCUUGACAAAUGAUGUUAGAGGAAGUAAACCCAAUAACAGUGCACCAAAUUCGAGGCCAAAUUCGAAUCGAAACUCUUUAGCCUCAGAUGGACUAGGGUUGAAUGUAAUAAGCUAUAGACUUGGCUCUGUAGGCCAGGAUACCUUUUUGUGUUUAUGGGACCUAAAGGAUGAUGUAUUAACGCAACCAUAUAGACGACCAAGAUCGAGUACAGUUGUAAGUAGUAGUGGGGGAGGGAGUGGAAGUGGAGGAAGCCUUCAGACAGGACAUGUGGCCAAUGCUAAGUGUAAUAAUGUAAAAGAGUCUUCAGUUGGUAGUGAUUCUUCACAUCACUCGCAUUCUACUAACUCUCUAACAGCAAAGCUAGCAAACCUUAAUUUUGGUGAAAAGAAAGACAAGGAAAAGUUGGAUAAAGACCAUAAAAGAAGUUUGAGCCUAGCAACGAAAAACUCAACCCAAAACUGUAAAUCUUCUAUUGGUAAAAAUCAGGUUGGAGGCUCCAUGUGUUUAUCUGAAGAAACUUGUAGAACCAUGGGUACUUCAUUUUGUCCACGCUUAGAUGAGUGCCCUGUGAUAGAACCUAUGAUUUGCAAAAAGAUUGGCCAUGAGCGACUCUCGGGCCUAGUGUUCAGAGAAGAUUGUGUUGUUACGUCCUGUCAAGAUGGCUGUGUACUCACCUGGUGCAGACCUGGCAAACAACCAGGAAGCAAUCAGCACUCUACUCCUAGUCCAACAACAGCUGUAGCCAUGGGAGGAGGCCCCAUAGCCUCAGGUGGAACUGUAGUGUAGCAAAAAGGUGGCCAGUGAAUUGCAGAGGUGUGUGAACAAAUAGGAGAUAGUAUGGCAAGCCCAGCCAACUAUUGUGGAGCCUCGCAUAGUGUGGGUGUGUGUGAUGUUCAGUGAUACUGUGGUGUUAUUGUUUAUACUGUAUCUACUGUGAGAUAUUGUUGAUGGACAGCUGAAAAUUGGAGGUCAAUAUACAGAUGAAAAUCGUAUCCCAAUUGUUAGUGACCUUCCUCUGAGACUAUUUAUAUAUAUCGUUUAGAUUGUAAACUUACACUUUGGUCUGCUGGACUCUCUCUCUCUCUCUCUCUCUCUCUCUCUCUCUCUCUCUCUCUCUCUCUCUCUCUCUCUCUCUCUCAUGUAUAUUUUGAAGACAGUGAAGCAACAUGUUUUUUAAACUGACUGUUGGGUGCCUAAGCUGGUGGUAUUUUUUGUUUUAAGCUUUUCAUUUUUCCUCUUGAACAAUUUUGCAUGUGGAUCUUCAUGUGCAGUUUACGUGCUUUUUUUAAUAGAUAAUUAAGAAGUUUUAUUUUCAUGUUUGUCAGAGGAGCUAAUUUUGCAGUUGAUUGCUCUUCUUGGACUUCAGUCUUAAUUGUUUUCUUAUCUUUCUUGAGAGGCAUAAUCCAUAAAAAGACGUUGAAUUUGGAAUAUCGAUACUGCUUGCAGUACAGUCUUGAAAAUGUGAAGUUGAAUUAAGCAUAUGCAUUUUUACAGUGGUCUUUAGAAUACUGUACUUACCAGUAUACCAUAUAUCAUAUAUGAAGUGUGCACUUUCAAAGUAUAAACUUGAUACUUCUUCAAUACUUUAUAAUUGCAUGUCAUUAUCAUUUAUAGCGUGUGUUUUGUGACCACUCAUUGAGGAUAGCAUUUACAGGUAAGUUACACUGUGGCUUUUGCCAAUAUUGUAUGUUGACUGAUAAUUUUUUUAUUUAUUUUACUAGUGCAGCAUAUUGGUUCUGUAGGAUGAAUACUUCUUUAGUUUUACGGAACAGUAAUUCAUCUCCUUACGAUAAAAGUUCAUCCCUGAGAUAUUAGUAUAUAUACCUCAAUGUAUAUGCAAAAUAGCUGUUACAUCAAAAGAAUGUUUCAUGAUCAAGGAUCGAUUGUACUGCAAUCAACCAACAUAAGUUUGAUAAUUUUCAUUACCCCAUUUCACCAUUUUAUUUUGAUUGUUAUUUACCAAGAUUAGUCUUUUAAUAUGUCUUUUUAGAAUAAUAGUGUAUAAUUUGCUCAUGAGGUUUCGAGCCAUGCAUGCAUAACAAUGUUCAUUCCAUUGGUAAAGGGUGUAAGAAUGUGUUCUCUUCCCCCCCAACCCCCAUCCAAUAUUUUUUUAUGAUUGAGGGUAUAGUAUACAUGUUGAAGUAUGUACACAAUUUUUCAGCAACAAUAUGCUUUUUAUUAGUUUAAUAUCCAUGCAAAUUAUAGUGGUAUAGAUAACUAAUGCUUUUUUCUUGUGUAACUAAGAUUGUACAAUACCACUAUAUUGUAUACCAUUGGGUCCCCAUACUUUUGUUACCUUGAAACUUGUUGUGCUUGGCAUGUGCUUGAAACAUGUUUUAUGAAUGUUUUACCUUUUGAAAUUAGGAAAAAUUUCUUCAUCCUUUGCAUUAUUUCAUCUACUUAGCAAUAAGUUAACCACAUAGCCAGGAGGCACAGCAUCACCAACUUUGUGAUAUAAUAUAACCAAAUCAUAUUCACUUUAAUUUCUAUGCAACUUUUUGUGAAAAUACUACUGGUGUUUCAAAUUUAAUUUCUAUGGGAAGCAGACUUUUGAGAAUGGCUGAAGUGGAGGUUUCAAAGAGUACAGCAUGUGUUGGAAACAAAAGUAAAAUUUCCAAAUCAGCAUUGUGAAUAGCAAAGUGGAUUUGUAUAUCUCUCUAUUUCCAAACUGAUGAGAACUGUCAUGGCACAUCCCUUAGCAUAAUAGAAGGAGAAGCUGGUCAGUGAAUACAGUUUGCCAGCAAUAGUCUUUCUGACUUUUCUGGUUUUAAUAGUCCUUUUUCUCUUUCUCUAUCUCUCUCUCUCUCUCUCGUAUAUUCUAGGUUUUAGAGCCAUGAAGAUGUUAUGAAUAUGCCAGUUAUAUAAAAACUUGUACAGCGAUGAGAAGCAUGCGAGAGUUAUUAGCAUGUGGAUUUGCUAAGCAAAGACGACAUGCUUUGUGAUGUAUAGUUGUACUUUUCUUGAAAUUUUGUUUGCUUUGGUGUCUUGCAAAUUUGUAUGGAAAUUUUACUACUUUAAUUAAUUUCCUUAAUCUUAACCUUCUUUAUUAUUUAAUAUAUUGGUGCUAGAAAGUAAACCUCUUCAUAUAUCCUGUUAGAUAUUUAUAAUGGGUCAAUAGAAUGAUUAGUCAUCUAUGCAAACCAUUUUUUUUUGUUAAGUUGUAAUGAAUGUUUAUGAUAUAAAGCGUAAAAGAAAUAUAUUUCUUUAAAUAAAA